UCAAGAUGGCUACAUUCAAAACGAAGACACGUCGUGAAGAUCAUGUUUAAUCAUUCAUUGGUAAAUUUUCUUUUCGAGGUCAAUGCUUGAUAAUCUAGAAAUCUAAUUAUCUAUGAACGAACUACUAUAUUAAUACAGUAAAAGUUUUUAAAAUUCAUACUAAUAUGCUAAGAUGGAAGCUAUUUAUUUGUACUGUUCUCGUGUCAAUGUUCGUACAUACUGCGCAUGCGCAAAAGUCCAUUGUCGAACCAGAGAUCGAACCAAUCAACGACGCGGAAUCCAGGGACCAGAAUGCUGUACAAAAUGAUCUGAACGAAGAACUGUUUAAAAAAUUAUUUGCCAAACGACGUAUAGAUCAUAUCGAAGCCGUAAAGGGAAUUCAGAAAAUGGAAAAUUAUGAGCGUCAAUAUAAAAUGAUAUCAAUUUUAGCUGAAAAGGUUUUCUAUGUUAUUGAAUCAAGCAGAGCUCUAGUGGAAAUGGCUGAAUUCACACCUGAAACAAAUCGGUUUCCCGGCGACGCGAAUAUACGAGACGCAUUAUCCAGUAUCAUGGAAAAUACAGCAUUAUUCGGUGACAUAAUAUUACACAUGCCUGACAUAACUCGCAGAGUUCUGAAGAGUCAGGAAAAAUGGAAUAGCAUAUAUACAUGGUCAUUAAAUUUUGUUAAUCGCAUGAAACAUCUUUUGGAUAAUUCUACCAUCACUAUGAUUCAUCUUGUCGGACAAGAGCUCAAUAUCACGGCCAGAGAACCUGGUUACUUUAAUCCAUUCUGGCCGAAUAAUCAAGAAAAGUCUGUGGAAAAUGAGGAAUCACUAAAAAGGAAGAAAACUGUUAAGAAGGAUAAAAAGAAGAGGGGACCACAAAUGAUCAAAAUAGAAUUGUAAACUCAAUCACACUCUCCAUGCAUUUUAUGCGAAGUUCGUACGGAGUCUCAGUCAAUGCUCAAGGUUUCGUAAUCAUGACUGGACUAGAAUACGAAUGGAUGUACCUCAUGUCAAUAGGAAAUCAAUUACCUUUAAGCCGUUCAUCGCUGCAGAUAUCUAUGUACCGUUGUACAUAAUGAAACGAGAUUCAGCCUGGUCGACUUUUGUUAUACUUUAAAGUCUAAAUAAGAAAGUAAUGAAUUGAUCUUGUGUAAUAAUGUGUAACGAAGGCUAAGGAUAAAAAGCUCUACUUCCUCGUUCUUACACAUUGAAUUUAUAACUAUGUAACUAGCUGCUGAACACUGUCCUUUAAAAUAAUAAAAACCUGAAGCAAUCGAAA